AUGCGACUAAACCGAGCUAAUGCUGCCAUGCGAGACCAGGAUCGAACUAUUGGUCUCGCUGCAAACAUUACCGUUCAAGACCAAGCUUGCGACAAUAUCUGGCGUGAACUGGUUGCCAACUGGAAGCGACGAACUCAGCUAGUUGAAUUCUGUGCUUCUGUUGUUGAUAAAUCCCUGACUGAAAACCAAUCGGCAUUGGACGACGAAACCCAAGACCCAGCUACCAGACGAAGAAUACAGGGAGUGGUUUUUGCGAAUGAAGUGAAGCGCAAACAAGUUCAUAACGAAUUGGUAGUAGAGUCAAUCGUGCGCAAGCGCUCUGCAGAUGCAUUCAAAACACGGUGUAAAUAUUUUGUGCCUCCUCAAACGGAUGCUGAAGCCCGCAGAAUGUGGGAAGCCGCCCAAAAGUAG